UUCCACGAAAUAGAAGGGGAAGACGAAAGGUUAGCAAAUUGAUUGAUCGGAAGAGAUGAACGCGGCGAGCUUGUUGGCGUCGGCGGGGAUGAACAUAGGGCUGGCGCUGGUGGUGCUCUCCCUCUUCUCCGUCAUCAAGAAACAGCCCUGCAGCGCCAACGUCUACUUCGCCCGUCGAAUAGCCCGCCGGGAGGCCCUUCCCCUCUAUCCUGCCUUCUCCCUCGCCCGCCUCCGCCCCACCGCCUCAUGGAUCAGCCGCGCCUUCCGCGUCACCGAGGACGAGGUCCUGCGCAUCCAAGGCCUUGACGCCCUCGUCGUCCUCCGCUUCUUCAAAUUCGGAACUAAACUUUUCACAGUUUGCUCAAUAAUUGGGUUGCUGAUACUUGUACCUGUGAACUUUACUUGUCAAGAUGGCCAUUCUCGAAGUGAAUUUUCAUAUUCAAUGGAUGCUUUUACAAUUUCUAAUAUUGGGAAAGGCUGUAACAGGCUUUGGAUCCAUUUUGCAUGCCUAUGCUUUAUAUCAUUUUAUAUCCUGUACUUGCUGUAUAUGGAAUAUAAGGUGAUACUAGUUCUUCGACUUCAACAUAUUGGUAACAACAGGCAGCGGCCUGACCAAUUCACUGUGCUAGUUAGAGGAGUUCCACUUUGUAUUGAACACAAGGCUUAUGGAUGCUGUGUAGACCACUUCUUCUCCAAGCAUCAUCCAUUCACAUAUCAAUCAUACAAAAUAGUCCAUGAUGGGAAAUGCAUUAGAAAGCUACUGAAAUUGGCAUAUUCACUUCAACACAAAAUUAAGGAUUUGCGUAGAAAGGCUGUUGAGAAACCCAUGAAGUGGUUGUGUCUUUGUGAUACAUUUUGGUCACAUAUUGGAGACCCAAAGAUUCAUGAGGAAAGUCUUCAGGAAGUACGCCAAAGAAUACAUCUGCUACAACAUGAAAAUAUCAUCAACAAAAAGGAAUUACCUGUUGCCUUCGUCUCAUUUAAGUCUCGAUGUGGUGCUGCCUUUGCUGCACAGACACAGCAGCACAUGCAUCCACUAUUAUGGACCACAGAAGCUGCACCAGAGCCAAGAGAUGUCAUAUGGAAAAAUUUAGCUAUCCCUUGUCAUCUUUUGACACUAUACAGAACUGGAAUUUUCAUUGCAGCACUUUUACUCACAGUUUUCUUUGCCUUGCCUGUGACAGCAGUUCAAGGAAUCGCUCAAUUUGAAAACUUAAAGAAGUGGUUCCCUCCUGCCAGAGCUGUACAGAUAAUACCAGGGUUGAGCUCUUUCCUGACUGGCUAUCUUCCAAGUGUGAUUCUUAAUAGCUUCAUAUAUGUCAUUCCCUAUGCAAUGGUCUAUAUGGCCUCAUUAGAGGGUUAUAUUUCUCAGAGCAGAAAAGAAAUGAGAGCUUGUAGCAUGGUCUUCUAUUUCUUGGUUGGGAAUGUUUUCUUCUUAAGCUUGUUAUCGGGGUCAUUACUGCAACAAAUUGGAGAGUCAUUCACUCAUCCAAAGGAUUUUCCUAGUCAUCUUGCAAGUGCUGUUUCAGCUCAGUCGGAUUUCUUUAUUACAUACAUUUUGACAGAUGGAUUAUCAGGAUUUUCGUUGGAAAUUCUGCAGCUUGGUUUGGUUACUUGGCAUGUUGUGAGGACCUGUUUGUUUGGUCAAAGCAUAGAGAAUGAUUCUUAUCUUUUUGGGUUCCCUUACUACAGAGUUAUUCCAAUAGUGUCACUUGCAAUAUUGAUCGGGAUGGUGUAUGCCGUCAUUUCACCGCUGUUGCUUCCUUUCCUUAUCAUUUAUUUCUUACUUGGUUAUGCAGUUUAUGUAAAUCAGAUGCAAGAUGUGUAUGAUAUCACUUAUGAUACAUGUGGACAGUACUGGCCACACAUUCAUCACUAUCUGUUCAUCACCAUUAUUCUCAUGCAAAUUACCAUGAUUGGUAUCUUUGGUUUGAAGUCUAAGCCGGGAGCUUCAGUUUCCACCAUUUUACUCCUACUCAUGACUAUAUUGUUCAAUGAGUAUUGCAAAAUUCGAUUUGUGCCGACAUUUUGUCAUUGCCCGAUCAAGGUUGCGAAGGAGAAUGAUGAUUGUGAUGAAGGGGAAGGUGAGCUCCAAGCCAACCAGGAGAUUGCAAUCGAUGCUUACCACCCUCCUUGGAUGCGCCCUGUGAGCUUUGCGGGAGAUGCGGCUUACAUGAAGCCCCUGGUUUCGUACUCUUGAUGUUUUUGUUCCUUAUCGCAUUUCUUUUGGUCGUUCACAAUAACUGCAUGUUCUUUUUGGUAGGAUUCUCUCAUAUAUUUACUUAUGGAACGGCACCAAGUGUUUGCUUCAAGAUGAUCAAAAUAUAGAUU